AUGGUGAAUCCGGGAGUGUUUGUCCCGAAGGAGACUCGUGGCAGGUGCAAGUGCAACCUGCAUGCCAACCUGUGCUCCGUGCGCGAGGGCAGCCUGCAGUGCGAGUGUGAACACAACACCACGGGCCCUGACUGCGGCAAGUGCAAGAGGAGCUUCCGCACACGGUCCUGGCGGGCUGGCUCCUACCUGCCGCUGCCCCACGGCUCUCCCAAUGCGUGUGCCGCCGCGGGCUCCGCCGUUGGCAGCACCAGCAGGUCCCGGAAAGGCCCCGCCCCCAAAGGCCCUGUGGCCGCUGUGGCCGCGGGGGGGCCCCCCACUCCUGCCCCUUCCACAUCCACUGCUUGGGCCCCCGUGGCCCCCAGCACCCCACAGCCCACAGAGUGGAUCAGGCCAUCUACCGCUGCCCCGCUCUGGGCGGGCGCCCCCUGGCCCCAGGUGUCCUCCAGUGCAGAAGCUGCGGGCACCUCCGCUGCUGCCCCCGCCCCUGCCAAGGCCUCCAGACUUUUCCAGCUCAGGCCCAAAUCUCCUCAAGUGAUGCCUAUUGAAGAAUUCGAAGACUGCGAGUGCUAUGGCCACUCCAAUCGCUGCAGCUACAUCGACUUCCUGAACGUGGUGACCUGCGUCAGCUGCAAGCACAACACACGAGGCCAGCACUGCCAGCACUGCCGUCUGGGCUACUACCGCAACGGCUCCGCGGAGCUGGACGACGAGAACGUGUGCAUUG